AUGAUAACGCCACAAGACGUGAUGAGGGUAGUCGUCGACGACGAAAGAGGGGUUGAUGACAAGGCCUUCCGCACCAUAGAGGCGAUCCGCCCGGUUCUCGACCAGUGGGUCGAUAGGAGACACGGGCUCCUAACGUACCGGCUUGUGCAGGUACUGUCCGGGCACGGCUGCUUCGGACACUACCUGCACAAAGUCGCCCAGAGGGAGGCUUCAACGUCCUGCCAUGAGUGCGGCGAUGCGGACAAUACGGCACAACACACCCUAGAGGUGUGCAAUCGCUGGAGUGAGCAACGCCGCACUCUGGCAGCGACUGUAGGGGGAAAUCUCUCGCUGCCUAGCGUGGUAUCUGCCAUGCUAAGCGGCGAGGAAUCGUGGGAGGCAGUGGCCUUCUUUUGCGAGGAGGUCAUCUCGCAAAAGGAGGCCGCGGAACGGGUGCGCGAAGACGCAGUCGACGCGAACCCGCUCCGGCGCAGGCGACGGGGAAGAAGGCGAGUGCUGUUCGCUGCUCGCCUAAUUCCCUAG